AUGACCUCCCCGGGCACCGACAGCCCGGGGAAGAGCCUGCAGUACCGGGUGGACCAUCUGCUGAGCGCCGUGGAGAGCGAGCUGCAGGCGGGCAGCGAGAAGGGCGACCCCACGGAGCGCGAGCUGCGCGUGGGCCUGGAGGAGAGCGAGCUGUGGCUGCGUUUCAAGGAGCUCACCAACGAGAUGAUCGUCACCAAGAACGGCAGGAGGAUGUUCCCGGUGCUGAAGGUGAACGUGUCCGGCCUAGACCCCAACGCCAUGUACUCCUUCCUGCUGGACUUCGUGGCGGCCGACAACCACCGCUGGAAGUACGUGAAUGGGGAGUGGGUGCCGGGGGGCAAGCCGGAGCCACAGGCGCCCAGCUGCGUCUACAUCCACCCCGACUCGCCCAACUUCGGGGCGCACUGGAUGAAGGCCCCCGUCUCCUUCAGCAAAGUCAAGCUCACCAACAAGCUCAACGGAGGGGGCCAGAUCAUGUUGAACUCCUUACAUAAGUAUGAGCCUCGAAUCCACAUCGUGAGAGUUGGGGGUCCACAGCGUAUGAUCACCAGCCACUGCUUCCCGGAGACCCAGUUCAUCGCGGUGACCGCUUACCAAAAUGAGGAGAUCACAGCUCUUAAAAUUAAAUACAACCCAUUUGCAAAAGCUUUCCUCGAUGCAAAGGAAAGAAGCGAUCACAAAGAUAUGCUGGAAGAAGCAGGAGACGGCCAGCAGUCUGGGUACAACCAAUCAGGGGGCUGGCUGAUCCCCGGAACCAGCACCCUGUGUCCACCCGCCACCCCCCACCCCCAGUUCGGAGGCCCCCUCUCGCUCCCCUCCACGCACGGCUGCGAAAGGUACCCGGCCCUGAGGAGCCACCGGCCAGCCCCCUACCCCACCCCGUACGCGCAUCGCAACAGCUCUCCAACCUAUUCCGACAGUUCAUCUGCAUGUCUGUCCAUGCUCCAGCCCCAUGACAACUGGUCCAGCCUUGGAAUGCCUGCCCACACCACCAUGCUGCCCAUGGGUCCGAACACUGGUCCUCCUGCGGGCUCCAGCCAGUACCCCAGCCUGUGGUCCGUGAGCAGCGGCGCUGUCGCCCCGGGUGCCCAGGCGGCGGGUGUGCCCAGUGGGCUGGGAGCCCAGUUCUUUCGAGGCUCCUCCGCCCACUCUGCCCCCCUCGCCCACCCGGUCUCGGCAUCCUCCUCGUCGGGGUCCCCACUGUACGAGGGGGCCGCCACGGCCACAGACGUUGCCGACAGCCAGUACGACGCCUCGGCCCAGGCCCGCCUCCUGGCCUCGUGGACCGCCGUGUCGCCCCCGUCCAUGUGAGCUGGAGCCUGUGCCUGAAAGGAGGCCGGGACUGCAGUGUUUGAGCGGCAGUCUCAUGGGGUGCGGGAAGGGGGUCAGGCCUGCUAACCGCCCUUCAAAGGAAAGAGGAAGAAGGUUCAUGUUCUGUUAUGUAUCAGGGGUCCCACUGCCAGUGCUGUGCUUCGUCCUCCGUGGUGGCGAUGCGUCCUGGGUCCUUUCUGUGCUGCGGGUGAAUGCAGGUGUGGAAGCAAGGCGGGGGCCUCCCUCGCCAGGACCCGCAGUGACAGUGACCAGCCAGCAUCCAGAAGCCGCGUUUCUCUUACAUACAGCCCAGAGAUGCCUCUGGCGCAUCAGGCUUUGUAACUUCUCCGGUCAUACUCGGGGGAGAUAAAAAGCACGCUUCCAGUUCUCCUCCCCGUUGCUUUCCAGUAGCUUCUAGGUCCCUUUGGGACCCCUGUGGCUGGGCUCCUAGUCGGAGCCCAGCUGAGACAGAAUUGAGCCACUCUUGGGGGACAGCAGAUGGUCGUUGAAACAACAGUGUCCAGCUCUGCCUGCUAGAAUGUUUGCUUUUGAGCAUAGGUAGCUGAUCUCUUGUACUGUUAAACCGACAACUGUUUAUGUUUUUCUUUUGACAAACUAGCCAAAGACAAUCAGCAGAAAGUAUUUUCUGCAAAAUAAAGGCAAUGUGCAAAAUUCGGUUGGUCUAGUUAUUAUUUAAAACCCUUCUUUCGGAAUGAGACUUUGCUCGUGCUUACGACUGUCCUGGAGGAGCUUUUCAGUCUGUGAUGGACUUUAACAUUUUAUCCAAUCAG